AUGGACCGCAAAGACAAUCAAUCUCCUCAAGGUGAGACAGCUCGGAUUCUGGUUGAAUUCCUGGAGGUGGCAAUCACUUCAAUCGUUUUCCUCAAAGGAAUUUACCCUCCAGGUGCUUUUGAAAGAAGGAAAUAUAUGAAUUUGGUGGUUCAUAGCGCUCGUCACCCUCAACUCAGGGAUUAUAUCCAUUCUGCUGUCUCGGGACUUCAUCCUUUCAUCCAAAAGGGUCUGGUGGAAAGAGUAGCAGUUAUUUUCUUUAACAGUGAUAGCAUCCCUGUGGAAAGAUUUAUGUUUAAGCUCACUGUGAAUCAGUCUUAUGGCUCAAGGGUGGAAGAAGCUGACCUGGAGUUCUCACUAAGGUCGUUUUUUAUCAAGCUUCCUUUCUCAGAAUCCCUUACACGGGUUCUUCCCCAGGAUUGCAGGUGGGAGAUAACAUCGUACUUUCGAUCCCUUCCUCAGGCAAGUACAAGUAAGGAUGCAGAGUUAUGGAUUCCAACAGACACACAGCAAUGGCAACAGCCUCCAUUGAUAACCCCUAUUAAAUCGAUGAGUAGCGAACCUCUAUCUGUGCAGUUAUAUUUGGAACAUCCAGGUUUAUCUGAACCAAAGGCUUAA